AUGAACUUUGUCGACAUUGAACGGGAGAUUGCUGCGUUGGGCAAAAAGGCUCGAGAUGGCAAGUUGACAAUUGAGGACAUGGCCGGUGGAACCUUUACGAUUUCGAACGGCGGCGUGUUCGGAAGCUUGUACGGGACACCCAUCAUUAACCUGCCUCAAGCUGCCGUACUCGGUAUGCACGCAAUCAAGGAACGGCCGGUCGUUGUGGACGGACAAAUUGUGAUUCGCCCAAUCAUGGUGGUUGCCUUGACCUAUGACCAUCGCCUGCUCGAUGGACGCGAGGCUGUUACCUUCCUCGUGCGCGUCAAGGAGUACAUCGAGGAUCCACGAAAGAUGUUGCUUGUGUAG